AUUUAUCCUUAAUUUAAUAUUUUGUUCAAAAUAGUUUGUUAGACGCCAAUUUUGUGCAAUUGGUUUGCCCGGUUAUCAGCGGAUGUAAAUAAAGUAGAUUUUUAGCUUCAAGUUGGACCACGAUGGAAAAUGCAGCACAAAAAUUUACCAGUCGCGAAUAUAGUGUACCAGUUCAAGCAGCCAACGAAAUGGCAGAAAGAAUAAGGUUCGGGGUUAUAUGUCGUUAUGACGACCAAUCAAGCAAAUAUCUAAUGGAAUACAAUCGUGAAAAAACAAAAACAUUUGAAUCAUUAAAAAGGAUUUCUGAGAAAACGAUAGAUUUUGACCUAGACAAUUUUAGAAGAGAAAGAAAACGCUUGCUCAAACCCCCGCCUCCACCGGAUAUAUUAGUUCCAAAGAAGAUACUUCAAGCUGUCCCAGCUAAUUGUGUUCUUGAUUUUGGACCUGGGAAUUCAAUUCUAUACUAUGGUGGUGAACAUUUUAAAAAAGGAGUUAUUGCCAGAAACUCCGUUAUAACAAAUCCACGCAAAAGGAAUUUAAACAGACCAAGACCUUUCACUGCAAUUCCAACAACAAUAAGACAACCAAAAUCAGCUGUUAAUAGAUCUGGCCGGAAUACGUCACUUGGGAUUGUGGGUAAUUCUGGCAGACAUUCCUCCCUUGAUAUCGUAUCAGCUUCUGGUCGAAAUCAAUCCCAAAUAUUUCCUGCAGGAUUACAAAGAACGGAAUCUGUAAUCGACAAUAACAAUGAAAUUGACGAUGAAUCAUCACACAUUGAAUACAACCAUAAAUCUAGUCAUAAAUGGCAAAUGCCUAACAGAUCUUUCAGACAACUUAGGAAACUGUAUACUUACACAGAAGAACAAAAGCCAGAUUUAACAGCUGAACGAUUUAAAAUUAUGAAAAAUAGGGAAAACGUCUACUUCAAAUAUUUAGAUGAUAAAGUUAAGGAGUUUCAUGUUUGAUUUCAUAAUAAGAAAAAAGAAAGAAGUGCUAAUCAUUUAAGUUGAUUAAUGAUGAUCCGGUGAAAACAUUUGUAUUUGUGAUAAUUUUUCUGCCAUUGUUUUCUUUAAGAAUAAAACAUCUGUUGAUUUUGAA